AUGGGUAAUAGUUCUAGCAAAGUAGGUUUAAUGUCAGAGCCUCCCAUGAAGCAUGGGUAUUUUAGUUUUAUGAAAGUAAAAUCUAACAAAAACAAGAACUUCGAUAAAGACCUUUGCAAGGAUAAAAAACAGUCUCAUCUGUGGAGUGGAUGCAGCAAUGAGAGAAGAAACAACUGUACUGAUAGUAGAAACAGGCAUGCAAACAAGUGUGAGGUCACGUUUCGGACAAGGUUUGAUCCACGUAUCACUGCAAGGUAUGAAAUCAAGGCUCUAAUUGGUCGGGGAAGCUUCAGCCAUGUGGUGCGUGUUGAGCACAGGUACACACACCAGCCCUUUGCUAUCAAACUCUUAGAAGUCAGAGGGCACAAGAGUCAUGAUACAAGUUAUGUCGAGCUUGGGAUUCUACGAAGGGUCCGCCACUCUAACAUCAUUCGUCUGGUGGAGGUUUUUGAAACUCCUCAUCGUGUUUAUCUUGUCCUCGAGCUGGCAACGGGAGGAGAACUGCUGGAUCGUGUCAUUUCUCAAGGCUCCUUCACAGAACGUGAUGCCACUAAAGCUAUUAUUAUGGUGUCCAGAGGACUACGCUACAUACAUGCACUAGGAGUAAUUCACCGGGACUUGAAACCAGAAAACUUGCUAUACUACCAUCCAGGGAAGGACUCACGCCUACUCAUAACAGAUUUUGGCCUGGCCUGCUGGAGUAAAAAAAAAAGCCAGUUGGUUGAAAGUGUUAAUGUGGUAACAGAGGGCAGUUGUGUAGCUGGAACUGGUGAAGACAUUGGCGGUUGUGCUCGGUCAGACAGGGAAGAUGAUGGGGCUGCUGAUGAUGCCGAUAGUUGUGAUUUUGUAGAGGGGAAGGAUAAAGGUGCUGAAGAUAAUUGUGGAUUAGUAGGUGGUGGGAAAGCCAGAGAUGAGAGCAGCCAGAGGACAGUUGUGGCCAUUAGAGGAGAUGGGAGGAAAGAUAAGAAUGGGAUCAGCACAGGAGAUGAAAGGGAAAUAGAUAAAAGCUUGGGAUUUGAAGGAAUGGAAAAGGGCAGUGAUGGGGUGGUGGAUGAGAUGACCAGUACUCAGUAUAAUUUUCCUGAGCGCACCAAAAAAAGGCAAAAUGCCUGCAGAGAGGAAAGCAAGACAGAUGGGUUAGAAGCUUAUAAACAUAGAAACUUCAAUAUGUCAGAAGGAAAAGAGGAUAGAAUUACCCAGUGCAUACAAAUGCAACUGUCACAUGACAAGUUAAAAGAGAGAAGACGAAAUUAUUGCGAUAAUGGUGGAACAGACAGAGCUGCUAGAUGCAAUAACAAAUCCACAGUGCUUCAUUGCACAGAAAAGGAGUAUUCCAAAAUUAGUUCUGGAGGCCAAAAGUCACAUGACUGGACACUGAGGACACUAUGUGGUACCCCAGAGUAUCUGGCUCCUGAGAUGGUGGCUGGUAGGACAUAUGGCUGUGAAGUGGACAUGUGGGCCUUGGGUGUGAUCUCCUACAUCAUUCUGAGUGGUUCCAUGCCCUUCGAGCAACGCAGCCGGCCUCGUCUCUUCACAGCAAUUCUUAAAGGCAGCUACAGCUUCCAUGGCCAACCAUGGAACUCAAUCUCUAACCAGGCCAAAGACUUCAUAGAGUGUCUGCUGAAUGUCAACCCUCAGCAACGAAUGACUGCAGAGCAAGCUUUAAGACACCCAUGGCUGCUUAACAAGGCUGCCUGCUCCUCUAACAUGAACCUUCAUCGGCCGAUAUCACAAAAUCUCCGUCAGCGGGCUUCACGUGCCUCUAAAAACAGCUCCAGUUCAUAUUCCGCCACUGAGUCACGAUCUGUCAUGAGUUCUAGGUCACAAUUACGUUCUGAUUCUAGGCAAUUAUUAACCAACAGAGCUCAGCACAGUGUGGCAGUGACUGCUUAA